CCUUUUUUCGUUGUCGUCCCUAUUUUCCUUCUGCAGUUGUUUUUAUUUUUUUCACUUUUUUGGCCGUCCCCGAUAUUCUCUCUUUCUACACAGUCUCUCCUCCAUUUCGCCGGCGAUCUCCGCACACCAGCCACGCCACCACGACCCACACGACUUUGGAUCGAACCCCACCACCGAACGAAUCUAUCGGCGGCAAGUGUAUUAUCUGUUCUCAUCUUUUUAGUUGUUGAAUUACAGCUGUUGUUGAGUGUUGUGUGUGUCUGUUAUUGUUCUUAGUGAUGAUGUUAGGAUAAUCAAUACACCUUUUUGGCGAUGUAACUGAGGGGUUUUUGGUGUGGUGUUGUAGUUGAGCGAAUUCGUGAGCGAAUUCGUGGGUAAUUUAGGGGGAUCUCUGGCAUGUGGGUUGUUGUCAAUUGGAUCAUGGAUGUGUCGGUGUACUGUUUCUGGAUUUCUGGGGGAGUAGAGAGGCUGAUUAGGAGGUGUUUGGGUCGUUCUAUUUUAGGUGAACAAGAGCUACUCAUAACUUAAUUUAAGGGUAUAAUUAAGUGUGCUUGAUCUUUUGUGUUUUCUAGGGUUGUUGUUUUGUUGGAUAUAUAUAUUUUUCUGCUGGAAUUGCAAUCUAGGAUCUUUUUAUUCGGCUUAAAAUUUGUGGGUAUUUUCGAAAUUUGAUCAAUGGAGGCUAAAUUUGGGGGAAAGGCUCAUCAUUUCUAUGGUCCGGUGGUGUCGGAUUUGAAGGCUGUUGGGAAGAGGACUAUGGAAUGGGAUUUGAAUGACUGGAAAUGGGACGGAGACUUGUUUACUGCUACUCCACUUAAUUCUGUGCCGUCAGAUUGCAGGAAUAGGCAGUUGUUCCCGGUUGGGUCAGAAAUUCCGGCCAUCACGGGGUUGUCAAACAGUUCGUCCUCCUGUUCAGAUGAAAUAAAUUUAGGGAAUGAGAAAGGAAAGAGGGAACUAGAAAAGAGGAGGAGGGUUGUCAUCAUUGACGAUGAAGAGCUAAAUGAUGGAGCUGGGUCACUUAAUUUGAAGCUUGGUGGGCAAGCGUACCCCAUAAUGGAAUCGGAGGGGAAAAGUGGGAAGAAGACCAAAGUUGGUGGUGCUACCUCUAAUCGUGCCGUUUGUCAGGUAGAGGAUUGUCGAGCUGAUUUGAGCUCUGCAAAGGAUUAUCAUCGACGGCACAAGGUUUGCGAUAUACAUUCUAAGGCCAGUAGAGCAUUGGUUGGCAAUGUUCUGCAGCGAUUCUGUCAGCAAUGCAGCAGGUUUCACGUUCUUCAAGAGUUUGAUGAAGGAAAGAGAAGUUGUCGUAGGCGUUUGGCAGGUCAUAACAGGCGAAGGAGGAAGACACAUCCAGAAAAUGUACUUAAUGGAGGGUCCCUUAAUGAUGAGCAGAGUAGUAGUUAUUUAUUGAUUAGUCUGCUGAGGAUACUCUCCAAUAUGCACUCUAAUAGCUUAGAUCAAGCAAAGGAUCAGGAUCUGCUAUCUCAUCUAUUGAGAAACCUUGCUAGUCUGGCUGGUACAAUUAAUGGUAGGAACAUACCAGGGUUACUGCCUAGUUCUCAAGAUUUGCAAAAUGCUGGGACGUCUGUUGUGAUUCCAGAAAAGGUGCCAACUCUAAUUUCAAAUGUUCUUAAUUGCAUUUUGCUUUUUGGUUCAGCUUCUAAGAUGGAUGAUUGCAUUGAUAUUCAGGACCCUCCGAGGUCUAUCGGACAAUGUGUAACCGCAUCUGCAUCUGAAAUGACACAAAAGAGGAUAUUUACAGAUGAUGCUCAGGGUGGAACGUUAAAAACUCCAUCUGCCUCAAAAUCCUCUCUUCCGUUUCCUACAAAAGACUGCAUUCCACCCAAAACAAAUGUCCCAGAGAUUACAGAGGGAAGGAUCAAACUUACUAACAUUGAUUUGAAUAACGUUUACGAUGAUUCUCAAGACUGCACAGAGAACUUGGAGAGGUCUUGUGACCCUGGGAAUCUAGGGACUGGGUCUCUUGAUUGCCCGAUAUGGGUCCACCAAGAUUCUCACAAGUCAAGCCCACCUCAGACAAGCGCGAACUCAGGUUCUACAUCUACCCAGUCACCAUCAAGUUCUAGCGGAGAGGCUCAGGGCCGCACAGAUCGAAUUGUUUUCAAACUCUUUGGGAAAAAUCCAAGUGAUUUCCCUCUUCUUCUGCGAAAACAGAUCCUUGACUGGUUAUCACACAGUCCUACUGAGAUUGAGAGCUACAUAAGACCUGGCUGUAUCAUAUUAACAAUAUAUCUUCAUUUGAAAAAGUCCGCAUGGGAGCAGCUUUGCUGUGAUCUGAGCUCCAGUUUGAGUAGGCUUCUGGAUGAAUCAAAAGAUUCUUUCUGGAGAACAGGAUGGGUGUAUACUAGGGUGCAGCAUCGUGUAGCAUUUAUAUAUAAUGGUCAGGUUGUUUUAGACACAUCUUUACCACUUAAAAGCCGUAAAAAUUGCCGGAUCUCAAGCAUCAAACCGAUUGCAGUUUCUGUUACUGAGAAAUCUCAAUUUUCAGUUAAAGGCUUCAACUUGUUUCAGCCAACCACAAGGUUACUCUGCGCACUAGAAGGAAAGUAUUUAGUCCAGGAAAGUUGUUAUAAUGUGAUGGAUGGUGAUGAUACAUUCGUGGAGCAUGAUGAGAUCCAAUGCCUUAGAUUCUCCUGCUCUAUACCAAAUGUUACUGGGAGAGGAUUCAUUGAGGUCGAGGACCAUGGUCUCAGCAGCAGCUUCUUUCCAUUUAUAGUUGCAGAGCAGGAUGUUUGUUAUGAGAUUUGUAAACUAGAGAGUGCAAUAGAGGAGGCUGAGACUGCUGAUGCUGAUGAAAGUCAGGGAAGAUCUGAGAUAAUAGAAGCCAGGGAUCAAGCUUUGGACUUUAUACAGGAAAUGGGUUGGCUUCUUCACAGAAGUCACUUGAAGUUUAGAUUGGGCCAUAUGGAUCCCAACUUAAAUCUAUUUCCUUUCAGACGUUUCAGGUGGCUCAUGGAGUUCUCCAUUGAGCACGAUUGGUGUGCUGUAGUUAAGAAACUUUUGGGCAUUCUGUUCAAUGGUAGUGUAGAUGUCAGUGAGCAUCCUUCUCUUGAAUUUGCAUUGCAGGAGAUGGGCCUUCUUCACCGAGCUGUGCGGAGAAAUUGCAGGUCUAUGGUGGAAGCCCUAUUGAGAUAUGUUCCAGACACAGUUUCGAAUGAAACAGGAUCUGAACAGAAUCAACAUAUUGGUGGGGGCAAUAAGUUCUUCUUUAGACCUGAUGUCAUUGGCCCUGGGGGUUUGACUCCUCUUCACAUAGCAGCCAGUGGAGAUGGCUCUCAGAGUGUUUUGGAUGCGUUGACUGAUGAUCCUGGAAUGGUGGGAAUUGAAGCAUGGAAGGGCGUUUGUGACAUUACAGGGUUGACACCCCAUGAUUAUGCAAUUAUGCGGAGCCACUAUUCCUACAUCAAUCUGGUCCAGAAGAAAAUCAACAAGAAAUCAGGAAGAGGGCAUGUAGUGCUCGACAUCCCUGGCACCCUCUUUGACGGCAAGACUAAGCAGAAACUGGAGGGCCAUAAAUCAGGGAAAGUUGCUAGCUUUGACACACAGAAGAAUGGAAUGAAGCCGAGUCAGCGUCGUUGCAAGCUAUGUGAACAGAAGUUGGCUUAUGGCAAUGCCAGAACAUCUCUGGCUAUCUACAGGCCAGCAAUGCUUUCAAUGGUAGCCAUCGCUGCUGUCUGCGUCUGUGUGGCUCUGCUCUUCAAAAGCUCACCGGAAGUUCUUUAUAUUUUCCAGCCCUUCAGAUGGGAACUUCUGAAGUAUGGAUCAAGUUAAGGUAGUUAUAAGAAGCAGUUUUCUCCGCUGUCCGCGUGAAGUCUAUUAUAGUAGUACUAAACAAAAAAAAAUGGGAUAAUUGUAGUACUGGUUAAUGGAUUUAGAUUUCAGUGGGAAAUAUUAUGUAUAUCUAUUUAUUCUAGUUAAUUUCAAAUUAUGAGGAAAUGUCAAGUAUAUAGGACUGCAGUGUUAAACAAUAUAUACUGCAGUAUUUUAGCAAGUGAAUUUGCCAGUGGAAAUGAAAAAUCUUUUGGUUUAGAA